ACAAGGGUUGCGUGGAUUCGUGAGCAUUGCACAUGUAUGUUUAAUUCAUGUGAAGAAUAAACAACUAUAUUUGAGGAGUGGGGCUGUUGUUAAAGUAGUAAUUAUUGAGCAGUGGAGCCGUUGUUCACAUUUAUCUGUUUAUUUCUAAGUGGACUCUUGACUUUACAAAACUAGCCAAGUCUUCCUUCACGGCCACUUUAAUCUUCCUCCUCUCAUAUAUCAAACUACUCUCUAUCAGCUAAGCUUGCUACGUUUUCUUUCAUCCAACAAGAACAAAUGGCCGAUGCAAUCCUCUAUGGCGUUGUGCAGACGAUCAUUGAAAGCUUGGGCUCUUCCACUCUCAAUGAGAUUGGAUCGAUCUGGGGUGUCAACGAUGAGCUCGAAAAAAUGAAAAACACUAUUUCCACCAUUCAAGCUGUACUUGAGGAUGCAGAGGAGCAGCAGGUCAAUAACCGCCAAGUCAAGAACUGGCUCAUGAAGCUCAGAGAUGCAGCUUUUGAUGCGGAUGACUUGUUGAGCGAGUUCUCCACUUAUGUGUUGCAGCAAGAGGUGAUGGAUGGUCAUAAAAUUGUAAAGAAGGUACGCAUUUUCUUUUCUAGUUCAAACCCAGUUGUUUUUGGUCUUGAGAUGGCUCGCAAACUAAAGGCUAUGAGGGAGAGGUUUGAUGAAAUAUCAAAUAAUAGGGUCCGAUAUCAGUUGAGGUUAGAGACACGUGUUGUGACUAGGGGGAGGGAUCAAACUCACUCUUUUGUACCUGAUGAAGAAGUUAUCGGGAGAGAAAAGGAUAAGCUAGCCAUCAUAGAUCUGUUGUUGGACUUUGAUGUGGAAGAUAAUGUUUCAUUCAUAUCAAUAGUGGGAAUUGGUGGGCUAGGGAAAACCACACUGGCCCAAUAUGUAUUUAAUGAUGAGAAGGUCCAAACUAAGUUUGAGUUGAAGAUGUGGGUGUGUGUAUCUGAUGACUUUGAUGUUAAAAAAAUUGUUGAAAAGAUAAUUGAAUCUGCAACUAAAAGAAAACCUGAGAAUCUUGAGAUGGAUCUAUUGCAAAAUAAACUUCGGGAACAACUCUACCAAAAGAAGUACUUACUUGUAUUGGAUGAUAUCUGGAAUGAGGAUUGUGAAAUUUGGUGUAAUUUGAAAAGAUUUUUGAUGGGUGGUGCAAAGGGAAGUAAGGUGGUGAUUACUACACGAACCAACAUGGUUGCAGAGAUUACUAGUACUAUCUCAUCGUAUUCUCUAAAAGGCUUGUCAAGGGAUCAAUCCUGGUCAUUAUUGAAGAAAAUGGCAUUUAAAAAGGGCCAGGAGACCAUCAAUUCUAAGCUCGAAGCAAUAGGGAUGGAUAUAAUAGAAAAAUGUCAAGGAGUACCUCUUGCUAUAAGGACGAUAGGGAAAGUCUUAUUAUUCAAAAAAACUGAAGAAGAGUGGUUACACAUCAAGAAUGCUAAACUCACAGAUGUAACUCAAUUAAAAGAUGGUAUUAUGCCUGUUUUAAAAUUGAGUUAUGAUUAUCUUCCAUCACAUUUAAAAUGUUGUUUUGCAUAUUGUUCAUUAUUUCCCAAAGAUUAUUUGAUCGAUAAGUUGACAUUGAUACAAUUAUGGAUAUCACAAGGUUUUAUCCAAUCAUCAGAGGAGAGCCAUGAACUAGAGCAUGUUGCCAAUGAGUACUUCAUGGAGCUACUUUGGAGAUCCUUCUUCCAAGAAGCAGAAGAAGAUGGAGGCGAGAAUAGAAGGUUUAAAAUGCAUGAUUUAAUCCAUGAUCUUGCACAAUAUGUAUCAGAGACUGAUUGUACACUGGUUGAUUCCAAUGCAAAAAAUGUGAAAGAAAAAGGACACCAUCUAUCGUUUCCAUUUUACAAUGUUUCAUUCUUUGAGGAGAAUUUAAGCAAGUUGGUUAAAGCAAACAAGAUACGAACAUUUAUGUUGGCGUACAAAAAUGAGGACGAUGGUCCGAGAAGAAUUGAAGAAUCAACUCUCGAAAAACUUAUUUCUAGUUUUAGAUUCUUGCGUGCAUUAGACCUACAUGGUUUAAAUAUGAAGAUGUUGCCAGAUACCAUAGGUACUUUGAUGCAUCUAAAGUACCUUGACCUUUCCUCUAAUCAUAUUGAGGUUCUCCCUAGUUCAAUUACAAAAUUGGUGAAUUUGGAAACAUUAAAGCUCUGUCAGUGUACAAAGCUUAGGGAGUUGCCGGUAAGGAUUCAAAAAAUGGUUAGCCUCAAGCACCUUCACACAGAUGGUUGUGAGAAUUUGACUCAUAUGCCAUGUGAAUUAGGGCAAUUGACUUCUCUUCAAACAUUAACCUUAUUUGUUGUAAGUAAGGGUCCUGUAGGUUCUUCCAAGCAUUGCGGUGGGCUAGCGGAAUUAAACAAGCUAAAUGACUUGAGAGGAAAAUUAGAGAUUAAAAAUUUGGCAUGGGUGAAAGAUGCUUCCUCAGAAUUCAAAGCAGCAAAUUUGAAGGAGAAGCAGCAUCUCAGUGAGUUGGAAUUAAUCUGGAAUUUGGAGGGUGAUUACGCCGUAGAUACCUGUGAUGAUGAAAAUUCCAUGGAUGGCCUCCAACCACAUCAAAGUUUAAAAUCUUUGAUAAUGUACGGGUACAUGGGUGUGAGAGUUUCAAGUUGGCUUUCAUUCUUAACAAAUCUCGUUGAUUUAUAUAUAUCCGAUUGUAAGAAGUGCCAAUAUCUGCCACCGUUGUAUCAACUCCCAACUCUCCGAGUAUUACAAAUUCUGGAUAUGGAUGGUCUGGAGUACAUGACAGAGGGGGAUAUGAAUGAUGAGAUAUCUGCUUCACUGGCAUCACCAUCAACAUUUUUCCCAUCCCUUGAGUAUCUCCGUAUCAGUGCUUGCCUCAAUCUAAAGGGAUGGUGGAGGAGUGUGGAUAAGGGGAAUGAGGCAACAACGACAUCAACAAUAUCAUCAUCAUCAUCAUCAUCAUCAACUAAUCACAUACCCCUGCCGUACUUUCCGCGUCUUUCUUCUUUAUGGUUGGAGAAUUGCCCUAAGAUGACUUGCAUGCCGCUAUUUCCAAAUCUUGAAAGAACGCUUCAUUUGUGGGAUGGCAGUUGGAAGGCAUUGGAAGAGACAAUAGAGAUGAAUAAUAGGGGAGGAAGGGCUUCUUCAUUUCCGUCCUCUUCCUCUUCCUCUUCCUCCUCCUUCUCCCCUCCUCUCUCCAAAUUAAAGACAUUGCAUUUGACUCUGAAGUUGGAGUCUCUGCCUGAGGAGUGGUUUAAAAACCUAACUUCUCUUGAGACAUUACGGAUUUGGGAGUGUCCCAAUCUGACGUCACUUCCCGAAGGGAUGAGUCACCUCACCUCUUUACAGAGACUGAGUAUUCAGGGCUGUCCCAAAUUAAAGCAAAGAUGCGAGAAGGAAAAUGGAGAGGAUUGGGAUAAGAUUUCUCACAUCCCAAAUCUUACAAUCUCAGAUGGAAUGUUUGGAAUGUUUUGAGAAAAGUUGAACUACUGCAUACGCUUCUCUGAAAGAACAUGACAUGGAUUUCAAACAGACAGAAAGGAGGGAAGAAGAAAGCGUUGAGAUUAGGCUUAAAGAAUAGCUGGAUAUGGUUAUAAACUCUGGAGAACAAAUGCACAAAGGAUAGUAAGGAAGAAAAGGUAGAAGAAAAAAGCAGAGAGGGUGAGAGAGAGACGAGACAAUAUUGCCUCAGAAUCAGAAGGAGGCCUUUUCUGGAGUUUCAGCUAGAAAAUAAUUGCUAGAAUCUUCAUUCUCAAGAUAUUUUGAAGUGCAAAGCAAAUUUUUGAAAGGGUGCCAGCAGGAAACAAGUGACUAUUGGUAAAAACAUCUCACAUCCUAGGUAAAUUUAGCUUUACAGAAGAGAUUACAGUGAAAUCUGCUGGAGUUGCUGCCAUGAAUAUUGUGUCCAAGAAAUUGAAGAAGAAACAUAACAUCACUACGUGAAGCUGCAUAAACAUGGGCGAUGCUAUAAAUGGCUGGGAGUUCCUUGCCAUGCAUUUGAGUGCUAGAUAUGCACAUUAUGUUACAAACAUCCAUAUGGGAGAUCCUGUGGCAUCAGUGCUUUACAGCCCAGUUAAUUGAUGCAAGUCUACCAAUGCAUUGCAAAGAGCCCACCUGCAACAUGUAUAGACGUGGGGCUUUGCUCUGCUGCCAUUGGAUAAAGACUUUGAUGCGCCUCUUCGUAACACCGUAAGGUUUUGGGAGCACUGGAAUAGCAUUUGUGAAUAUUCUACUUGUUACAAAUUAUUAGAGAGAUACUAUGUGAAGGUUUGAGAAGAAUGUGAUUUCCAUGUGCAGUGAUUCCAAGCAGAAACCUUCUGAAAUAGGUUUCAUCAUGGGCGUUGAAUCUAAGAAACAAGACAAUAACAUCAUUUCAAUUUUUCUUGAAUUAUCGGGCUUUGAUGAUUUAAUUGGAUUCAAAAGUUCUGUGGAAGAAGAAUGUCAUGAUAUUGUGAGGCAAGCUUGUGGUAUGGGAGGAGAAUUGGGUCAAAGAUGAUGGAUUUGAAGAGAAGGCAGCCCUCAUGACUGCUACCAUGUUUGGAAGCAAGGGUGUGUUGAAUUAUAUACUGGAAACCAGCUGUGUUGAUGUUAACCAAGCUUGUGGUUUGGAUGGGCUUCUGCACCUCAUUUUGUUUCUGCUGCGGACUUUGCUAUUUCAACUGAGGUUAUUAAGCUCCUGCUUGAUGCUUCUGCACUUCAUUUUGUCUUGUUACAUACUGUUGUCUAUGUACAGUAAAGCUUGUUCAUUUUAUUCUUUCUUUUAGUAAAACUUGUUCAUUUUAUGCUUGCUGUUUCUUUGCUAUAUAAUAGUAAUUGUAUUUAAGUAAUAUUGUUUAAUAGAACAUGUAUUUGGGGUGGAUGUUGAUUUCUAUAAUCAUGCAUUUUGGAUAGGCAUAAUUCAAGUGUUAUAAGAGAAGCUGGUGUGGAUGCAUUUCUAUAAUCAUGAAUUUUGGAUAUGUAUUUGUGGUGAAUGUUAAUGAAUUCCUUCUUGUGUUUUAUUAAAAAAGAAUCUCUUUUCGUCUUCCUCGUAAGAUAAGAGAAGCUGCAGCAAAAAUAGGUGGUGGAAGAGGAGAAUGAAGUUUGCUACUACAACAAUUGUGGCCAACAAGGGAGGUCAUACAUUAGUUCCACCAUGUGAUGAAACAGUUUGAAGCACAAAGCAAAAAUUUGAAAGGGUGCCAGUAGGAAGCAGGGGACGAUUGCCAAAAAUUGCUCACAUCUUGGAGUUUGAAGGGGAUGAAACUACCCACUAGUGGUACCAAAAGCCUCCUUAUAUAGGUUUCAUCAUGGGUGGUGAAUUUGAGAAACAAGAGGGUUUGUAGCGUCAUAUCAGUUUUGCUUGAAGACCUUUGAUGAUGUAAUCAGUUUAGAAAAUGUUGUUGAUGAUGCAAGCUUGUGGCAUAGGAGAAUUGGGUCAAAGAUGGGAUUUGAAGAGAGGACAGCCCUCAUGAUUGGAACCAUGUUUGGAAGAAAGGCUUGAAGUUGAAACCAGUCAUGUCCAUGUUAACAAGGCUUGCAGUUUGAAUGGGCCAUGACUCUUAGUUGUCUUUACUGCUUGGGGAUUUGCUAUUUCUGCUAAGAUUAUUAAAGUCUUUACUUAUGCUUCUGCACAUAAUUCUGUCAUGUUGCAAAAGGUUGACUUUGUAUACUAUUUUCAUUUUAUUGUGGCUGUUUGUUUGCUUUAUAGUAAUUGUAUUUAAGUAAUAUUGUGUAAUAGAACAUGUAUAUAGUUGGAAUGGAUGUUGUAUUUUAUAGUCAUGCAUUUUGGGUAUAAACCGUAACAUGAGUGUGAAAAA